AUGAGAGACAAGAACGAUAUCUCCCAUUCCGAGAACGCCCUUGGUGGUGUGAACUCUGGAGGAAGCGGAAAGAGAAAGUCCUGUAUGAGACAUUGCGCGAAGUUUUGGUGGGCGUAUCUCAUCGGCUUCAUCGCCGCUGUUGUUCUCAUCGUCUGUUUAAUCAUUUUCGUCGCUGUCCCUAAGAUUGCCCAGAAGAAGCUUGACCAUGCGGAGCUUGUAGUCGACGGAAUCACCGUGUCCAACACAACACCCGAUACCUACACGAUGUCCAUCAACUCGACCCUCAAAUCGGAUGGUCAGGUCAAGGCUACCAUUGCGCCUUUCUCUGGAGUUAUGUACCUUGAGGAUCUGGAGCCGCACACCCCCUUUGUGACCAUCAACUUUCCUGAGACGAAGUCCGUCAAGCUGCAGACCGUCAAUAUCAGCCAGCCCAUCAAGAUUGAGGACAUGGCGGCCUUUACGACAUUCAACACCUGGUUCCAGAACAACGAGACCGUCAGGGUUACCAUCAAGGGCGACACCAACAUUCAGGUUUCUGGAAUCAGUAGGAAAUACGAUGUUACCUUUAAGAACACCGUCACCCUGAAGGGUACGUGCAGAGUUUACCCUAAGAUUUCCACUGCCCAUACUGACAUAGUUAAGGUCUCAAUGGUUUCAAGGGUCUCAACGUCACUGACAACACAAUUUCCAUCACCCCUGAUGAACGGGGCGACAACUUCAAGGGUCAUGUGUCAAUUCCCAACCACUCUGUCUUCACCCUCGAGAUUGGCAAUACUUCUUUCUCAAAUCUGCUCAACGGCAACGAUAUCGGUACCGUCUUUAUCGACAACCUUAUCCUGCACCCAGGCAUCAAUAAUGUCAGCAUGCAUGCCAAUAUUUCUCAGGCUCCCGUUCUGGCUGCCAUGGCUACCAGGCCCUCUUGCGAGAACGGCCUCAUCCCCUUCUCGCUCCGUGGCAAGGACGUUACGAGCGGAGGCCAAAGGCUGUCAUAUUUUGCCGACGCCCUGGCUUCUGGUACCGUCAUCACUGAGAUUAAUAUUGGCGCGUCAUUGA